AUGGGGAUUGCUGUUAGUCAGGCCUUGCAACAAGAUAAAUCACGCACUUCGAAAAAUGGGGAUAAGUCUCUGCUCAUUUUAAAUCAGAUUCAUGGUUGGUUAGAAGAGCAAAUUAAUUGGGUGGCUCUUCGCUUUCUUAUACUCGGGUUUGAGCUAGAGCUCUACUCUCCGAGUGAAUUUUGCAUGGUGUAUUGGUACAUGUAUAUUACACUUUGUAAGCUCGCUGAAAGAGCACGUGUCAGGGUAUUACUUGUAGUUAACACUGAGGAACGGAAGGCAAAGAAGAAUAAGAAUUAUCAUAGGGAUAUGGCUCGGGAAGAUCGGAUAAGUCUAUGGGUAUUGCUUCUCCAGUGUCAGACUUGCCUUGCACAAGGGCUCACGGUGAUGCUUUCGGCUUUAAGAAAUCAAGGGAUGUGUUUAAAGAGUGAAGGACCUUUUAAUACUGAAAGUGAGAAAUUCACUCAGCAUUUUGAACUCCUUCAGAAGGCAUCGCUUCCCGAAUAUGAUGCAUAUGAAUCAUUUACAAAGUCCACAUCUCAUACUCGUCUCGAUUGCCUUCCUGUGCAAGAGUACUUCCGGGACGCUCAAAAGAUCGCUAGGGACAUAAAGGUCGGGUUCGCCAAAGAUCCUGAUAAGUUGGCUGAAGUCAGGGGAUUAGAACAAGUCGCGGAACACAAUAUUGUUGCUGUGAACCUCAUCAGUCAAGACUGUUCGCUUAAGGUGUCGUUUGAGUUCACCCACCAUCCUUAUUUCGCCACUGCUGUUGUCCGUAGAUCUUGA